AUGGAGGAGUUCACAGGUCAAGCAGGGAUGUGUUUGGUGGACGCCGAUGCCAUCCCCACCCUUGGAGCUGCAUUGGCUCAUCGUCAGAACUCGGCCAUCCUUGCAAAUCGGAUCGCCCUCGACGGAGGCGCAGCUGCGAGCGUUGGCUGCCGACAGGCACGACAGGGAGUGUCAACUGGACCCCUCGAUGACGUGUGGUCAACUCGAUCCGCUCUCCUUCUCCAACACUCCUUCGGAUAUUACUCUAUUCACCGGUGCAUCCAGAGGCACUAG